AUGGCACUCAAGUUGCAAUUAAGGUGUUAUCUCAAUCAUCCAAAAUCAAGGCUACAAGGAAUUUCAAGCAGAGGAGUUAGAUGUGCAGCUCUUGAUGGUUUGUUCAUCAUAGGAAUUUGGUUCUACCUUAAUUGGGAGAUUUUGGAAGACUUCCAACAUCUUAUUGAACGAAAAAUGGCUUGGCAAAGAUCAGCUGAUUUUGGAUUGUCUGGAGCUUUCACCAAUGAAAGUUACGUCGAUCCUGAGGCUCAAGCAUCAGGAAACUUUAACAAAAAAAGUGAUGUUUAUAGCUUUGGGAUUAUUCUACUUGAGCUCAUAACUGGUCAGCCUGCAAUAACAAGACAGACCGAUGGGGGCUUCAUUUGCAUACAUCAAUGGAUUAGACCUAUAAUCGACAGGGGUGAUAUUCUAACCAUUGUUGAUCCCAGACUGGAUGGAGAAUUCGAUGCCACUUCAGCCUGGAAAGCUGUGGAGACUGCCUUUUCCUGUGUAUCAAACGCUUCAACACAGAGGCCAGACAUGAGUCAUGUACUAGCUGAAUUACAGGAAUGCUUGGCUACAGUAAUGGCUGUUGAAGAAUCCCAAACAAUGAAAGCCAGCGUCAUAAGAUCAAGCAAUUCACUACCAAUUAGCCACUUGAAUAUUGAUACUGAUCUGGCUCCUAGUCCAAGGUAAAAACUGAAGUAUAGAUCUCAUAUGUACUGGCUUGAAAUUUUUAAACUUUUUUCUUUUAGACAAAAACAGUUAUAUUAAUGUAUUAAGCUGCACCAAUAAUUUGCUUAUGAAGUUUCUUGGAGAUGUAUAAUUAUCAUUACAAAAUUUUAGGAUAGUAACAGAUAAGAUAUUUGUGGAUA